AUGGCGGUUGAAUUUGGGUUAGUGAAUGUUCCUUUUUCUGGACCUUCUUAUACUUGGACAAACAAUAGAAUAGAGGUGGACCCGACUUUUGAAAGAUUAGAUAAGGCAUAUGCAACUCAGGAUUGGUUUAUUGAUUAUCCGGACUCCAUUGUUCAUCAUCAACCGAUUCUAUUUUCGGAUCACACAGCUAUUAUCUUUUCAGACUCGUUACCUCAAGAUUCUGUUCGGCGACCUUAUAGAAUCGAAAACUGGUGCUUAUCUGCUCAGGAUACUUCUAGGAUUAUUAAGGACGGCUGUCGUUUAGAAUUUACAGGCUCUCCGUGUUUUACCUUAUCUCGCAGGCUUGUUGUUAUUCGCAGGCGACUUAAAGACUGGUGCCUUAGCCACAGGAAAUCUUGGGGAUGCUGGAGGGAGUCACACUCCAAAUUACUGUUUUCGGUGGUCCAAGCUCGUCGUCGUCGUAAUCUGAUUGUCAGUUUGAAGAAUGAUGCUGGUAUUUGGGUUUCGGAUUCUCUUGGGCUUCGCUCUCUUAUUCAGGCCUUUUACUCUGAUCUAUAUUCUCAUGUAUCUCCAUUUGGGAGUGACCCUCCUUUUUCUUGGGAUCACCUUGGCCUCCCGACGCUAUCCUCGUCUCAAAAGGACAUGUUAAUGGCCCCGUUCUCGCCUUCUGAGAUUAAAGCUGCAAUGUUUCAUAUUGCUAACGACAAAUCUCCUGGGCCUGAUGGCUUUACUUCGGCUUUUUUCAAUACUCAUUGGGAUCAUACUGGGCAUUUGGUUAUCUCGGCAGUUCAAUACUUUUUUGCUCAUGCAAAAUGCAUUACUGGCCGUCUGCGAGGGGUUCUUCCAUCUCUUAUUUCAGGGUUCCAGAAUGCCUUUGUGCCGGGUCGCCUAAUUUCUGAUAAUGCUUUGGUAGCUCACGAGCUUCUAUCCUUUAUGAAUGCUUCUAAAGCUCGGAAACCUUUUUAUGCGGCUCUAAAGUUGGAUAUGAAUAAAGCUUAUGAUAGAGUGCGCUGGGAUUUUUUAAGUCAGUGUGUUACAACUGUCUCGUACCAGGUUCUUGUGAAUGGGAGUCUUACACCGUCCUUUCGACCACAAUGUGGUCUUAGACAAGGUGAUCCUCUGUCACCAUAUCUAUUUGUUUUGUGUAUGGAGGUGUUGUCGACCUCUCUUAGGCGGGCGGAAGAACAGGCUUUGUUUUCUGGUAUUCGUGUGUCUAGGGGCGGACCUUCGAUUUCCCAUCUGUUCUUUGCAGAUGAUUCGCUGUUAUUUUUCCAACUUUCGCCCCAAGCGUGUGACAAUGUCAUGGCCAUUCUUUCGGAUUUUUGCUCUGCUUCGGGUCAGAUGAUUAAUCUUCAGAAGUCCUUUGUCAAGUUCAGCCCAAAUACCCCUCAAGACUACCGUGAUUUUUUAGCUCGCAGUCUUCGACUACAAUCGAAGGCUUCUUUUGGUACUCAUCUAGGUCUUCCUGUUGACCUUGGAAGGAGUAAAGUCGCGGAAUUCAGGUUUCUAAUUGACAAGGUUGCUAGCCGGUUGUCUGCUUUUGCUUCUCUUCGCUUGUUAGCAGCAGCGAAACUGGCUAUCAUAAAUUCGGUUUUGAUAGCAUCGUUUAAUCAUAUCUUGUCGGUUUUCAAGAUUCCGUCUUCUGUAGCUUCUCAACUUGAUAGCAUGCUUGCCAACUUUUGGUGGAGAUCGUCUGGUUCUCGGAAGGGUUUGGCGUUGCGCUCAGUGUCUCUUCUUCAUUUACCAAAAGGUUUGGGGGGUUUGGGUGUGCGCAACAUUGCUUGCUUUAAUUCAGCUAUCCUUGCUGGUACAGGGUGGAGGAUGAUUCGAAAUCCUCAACUUUUGGUUUCUAGACUCAUGUUUUUGAAGUACCCCUCUCUGCCAGUCAAUCUGGGAGCUCGGAUUUCUCGCCCCUCUUGGGGCUGUCGUGGGUUGCAGAUGGCUCUUUCGGCUGUUUCUUCUGGUGUACGUUGGAAAGUGGGUAGAGGUGACAAGACUAUCAGGUGUCCUCCUUUGGGGUCCUUGCCUAUUCCCUGGUGGAAGAAAUUUUGGGCGCUCCCCCUUCUUCCUAAAUGGAAGAUCUUUGGCUGGAAAAUAAUUCAUGCUGGUAUUCCGGUUGCCUCAGCUCUAGCUGUUCGCGGCGUUUCCGUGGAUUCGACUUGCUGCUUUUGUCGAAGGGAGCAGGAGACGAUCAACCAUUUGUUUCGAGACUGUGAUUUCGUUACUCCUUUAUGGGUUCGCAGCUCGUUUCAUUUCAAUAGUCAGGGUCUUCUUCAUCUUCCCUUUCUCCAAUGGUUUUCUGUUAUGGUCUCGUUGUUAGCGGCUGCUAAGGAUUGGGAGAACUUGGUGCAAUUUUUCUCCCUUCUUUGGUCUAUAUGGUUGUCCCGUAAUAAUGUACGUUUUCGGCAACAAGCUGUCUCUCCGGAUGAUGUUUUGCUUCUUGCUUCUCAGUGGAAUGUGCGAGGGAGGCAGGCUCAGGAUUCUCACCUUCCUUCUUCUACUUUGGGUCCUAGCCCUAGGCCUGUUGGUUCGGGAUUUGCUGCCACUCUUGCUGGGGACCCUACGUCGGGGUUUAAUAUUUGUUUGAUUUGCGACGGGUCUUGGUCAUCCUCGGAUAAUUCGGCAGGUGCUGGUUGGGUUCUUCGUGAUUGUGGUUCUCCUUCAGUCCGAGGAGGAGGGGCUCGUGCUUCUCUCUCUUCUUCAGCCUUACAGUCUGAGUUACAAGCUUGUUUUUGGGGGUUACGCAAUGCUUUUUCUCGUGGUUUUCGUAGGAUUCUUAUUUACUCGGACUGUGAGCCUCUGUGUCGGAUGUUAGGCCAACAACAGAAAGAUGAGGUUUCUUUAUACUGGUUACUUCGGGAUACUCGGGUUCUUUUGUCUACCUGUGCGGCUUGUAAAAUUCUUAAGGUUCCUAGGGAAUGGGUGUCUCCUGUACACUGGUUGGCUGGAAAGGCUCGUGCUCGGGAGUGUUUUUUUGCCAUCAAAGGUCCAACACUUUUGAGUUAUUUUGUCAACAUCAUCCAUAUUUCUUAA